GCUCGAUCGUCCCGAGCAAGACACAAACCAAAACUCUCGUUGUAACAAAGCAAAACUGAUUGCGCCGGUUCUCAACUCCCAACACAUCUUCGUUCCACUCCACUGCCCGACAACAUGAAAUUCGACGCCAACAUCACGCCCCUUUUGAGCCCCAAGAUCAUCCGCAAGAGCAUCAUUGGAGGCCAGUACCAUGUCCUGCAUGGUCCCUUUGGUCCCAAGCCCAUCGUCUAUGCAGACUCUACCGCCAGUGGACGAGCCUCGUCCCUCAUUGAAGACUAUAUCCAAUACUGUGUUUUGCCUUUCUAUGCAAACACACAUACAGAAGCUUCAGCAACUGGUCUACAGACUACUCGCUUUCGGGAAGAUGCUCGUGAUAGGAUUCGGAAAGCCUGCAAUGCCCCUCAAGAUAAGUAUGCUGUCAUCUUUUGUGGAUCCGGAUCCACUGGUGCCAUGAACAAGCUGGCAGGUGUCCUGGGGGCUUCACCUCUCUCCGCCCCAACCAAGAACCCUGCCCAGCGUGGUGUCAUCUUCAUCUCUUCCCAAGAGCACCAUUCCAAUGAACUACUCUGGCGCGAGUCGGGCAAUGUUGACUGUGUUGUCAUACCUCAAGAUCCCAGGACAGGCCUGUUGGAUGAACAAGAUCUUGUCCGACAGCUUUUCCAGUAUCAAGACCGCCCCCUCAAACUUGCCUCCUUUUCUGCAGCUUCCAAUGUCACAGGUAUUCGAUGUGAUACAAAGGCUGUCACCAAGCUGCUUCAUGAGCACGGCGCCCUUGCUGUAUGGGACUUCGCUGCAGCUGGACCUCAUGUGGCGAUUGAUCUCGAAGGACAUGACAUGGAUGGAGUCUACCUGUCACCCCACAGGUUUGUUGGCGGGCCUGGAACUCCUGGAACCUUGAUUGCCCGCCGGUCGCUCUUUACCAACGCCAUUCCUACUGUUCCCGGUGGUGGCACUGUCAACUUUGUUCAGCCCCAUGGCCAUGAGUAUAUCGAUGACAUUGAGACACGAGAAGAAGGUGGUACUCCAGCAAGUGUUGAAUCGAUCCGUUGUGGCUUGGUCCUUGGGCUCCACCAUGAACUUGGCGGAGACUGGAUUGAACAGCAAGAAACCAACUUUCUGCAGAAGGCGUUGAAGUCCUGGAGUAAGAACAGCAACAUUGUGCUUCUGGGCAACACAGAUGCAAAGCGAGUGUCCAUCGUAUCCUUCCUGGUGAAAGCUCCUGGAGAUAGUGGAGCCUUCUUGCACCACAACUUUGUUGUUGCCUUGCUCAAUGACCUCUUUGGUAUUCAAGCAGGUGGAGGCUGCAGCUGUGCUGGCCCUUAUGGCCACCUCUUGUUAGACAUUGACACGGCGACAUAUGAUAAGAUUGUCAACAAGCUGGCUACUCUUGGUGAGUCCAUCAAGCCUGGAUGGACCCGCUUGGGAUUCUCCUACUAUAUGAGUGAAGAGACUGUCAAGUACAUGAUUGACGCUGUCAAUCUAGUCGCCAAUGAAGGAUACAAACUGUUGCCUCACUAUCAGGUGAAUCUCCGCAAUGGCAGCUGGUCGUACCGUGGUGGUUGCAGUGCUGACUCUUAUGAGAAACCCAAGCCAAUGCAGCUGUGGGACUUUAGAAGUCCCUACUGUAUUUGUUUCUACUCCAGACCGACCACCGUCACAAAGAAAGAUCUCAAGGCUUGCAUGAAACAUGCCCAGAGGGUCCUCAAGGUGACCCCGAAUCCCGUGGUUCAGCCUGCCUCCGAGGCCUUCCUGGCCCAGGGAUUUGAGCGUGAUGAAAUCCAAAACAACAAGGACGUGUUCUGGUUUGUUGUCUCCAAGGGCUCGUACGAUCUUGACGGCGUCACAAAAGCUUCUUCGGGGGUGCACAGCAAGCUCACAAUGGAGGCGCCCGUAUCUUCUAGUGCCUCUGAUUCAAGGGGAGGAAUGGAGUCGUACAAGCGAAAGUCCAGCGCAAAGCCAUUCGGAAGCAGGAGGAAGGGCAGCGCCAACUCCAGCCAUGAACACAAGAAGCCAUUCCAUUGGCUACAGCUCGGUCUCUUGGCCGGCCGUGUCUCUAAAGAGAAGACCGAUUCCUUUUCGUUUGACAAGACAGAAAAGACAGAAAAAACUGAAAGGUUUGAGGAAGACGCGAGCAGAACUAUGUGGGUCUAAGACAUGCCUCGCUUGUUAGGUUUUGCUGGCCCAGCUUGGCCUUGAAGCUCCCAUCACUCCCUGAUCCAUUACGGCGUAUACAUGUCGAACACUUGCUGACUGAAAACGACACCGUUCUUCUCAUCCCUCUCUGAUUCAUCUCAGCCUACAUGCCGAGAAGACUGCAUGGCUGAAAACGACACGAUUCUGUUCGUCCUGGCCCGCAAACAACGGAUAGUCCAGAUAACUACAAUUCUUUGCAUUAGUGCCCCAAUAUUUUACAAU